AUGUACAAGGUUGCAGAGCUCAGGUCAGAGUUCAUUAAAGAUUGCAAGAGCUCGCAGCGUGAACUGUUAUCUGUUAUUUCUCUGCAGGGUUAUUUGAUAGCAAACCGCCUGCCUAAAGAGGACCUUCUGGACGUGUGUCUGUACUGUCAGCACUACUGUCUGCUGUGUCUGGGGGCAGAGCAGCGUGUGGGGCAGCUGGUGGUGUGGAGGGAGGUGUUCCUGCAGCACCGCUCACAACCCGACUCCGGCACCUCCAGCUCCCACUCAGGCUACUGCGAGUCCAAUGGGCGCGUUUUCCUCCUUGUCGUGGGUCUGAAACAUCUUAUGCAGUGUGUGCUACUGGAAGACGGCGGUUGUGCGUCUCCUGCUCUCGGAUCUUCUGGUCCUGACUGCUUCUACGUACAUCAGGUCAAAGCCACUCUCCUGCAGCUCGAGUGUCUCGAGUCUCCCAUUGAUGAACAUCUCUCAGCACCUCCUACUCCUUUUCUGUCCUGUGCUGAUUGGUUCCUUCCCUCUAGUGGGCGGGACAUGAUUGGCAGCUCACAGAUCCUAAGCCGGCUGACAGCAGCCAUCAAGCUACCGUCACCAGGCACAAUUGGUCGAAGUCAUAGAGACUCUCUGGGGUCUGGGAGAUCAGAUGGCAAUGGGGGACAGUUUAAGAUUCCCAAACUUAAGCAACACAAUCCGUUCUGUCUGGGUUCUCUGAUGAAGAGCCUGACUGAGAGAGAGGCCGAGGAUAUGCAGAACACUCUGAAGGGAGUCUGUGUGGAAAAAGACCAGACAGUGCAGGGCAUCUUCAUCACACCCACACACCGAGAGCUAUCGCUGCUCGGCGGCUCCAUCCACCCUCAACUCAUCCGCAACUUCUACCACUGCUGCCUGUCCAUCCGCCACAUCUUCCAGCAAAGCCUGCCGGUAUGUGUGUGUUUCAGUGUUUAGGUUUGUAUUGGUUGGUGUGUGUGUCUGUGUGUUUCUAAACAUGUGGGUGUGUUCAUUAUCACCUGAAAUUAUUUUCCUUUUAAGGCAUAACCUGAAAUUCUAGUCAUGUGUUACUGGACACUGAGUUUUGUGUGUGUGUUUCUGCGUGUGUGUGUAUGCAUGUGUGUGUUUGGGGGUGUGUGUGUGUGUGUGCUAGAGCUGCAACUAACGAUUAUUUUUUCUGUCGCCUAAUCUAGCGAUUAUUUUUUCGAUUAGUUCACUACUCUAACGAUUAUUUUUAUUUUUUUGAGUAAUCUAGUGUUCUUUUUUGAUUAACUAAAUCCUUUGGAUAACUUUACAAAAAAGUACAACUUCUAAUAUAAUAUUUCAUCUUUUAUUACAUUUUUUUCUAAAAAAUACUUCAAUGUGGUUGAAGUUUUUACAGUAUACAAAAAUAAAGUGCCAAAAAUAAAAUGUAAACAACACUUUAGCAUCAGGCACGAAUAAUACCAUAUAAAUUCAACAAAAGCACUGUUCAACACUGCAAAAAUACAUGAAAGACAUGUACAAAAAUAAAGUGCCAAAAAGCUUUGCCUCUUCCUGAGGAAACAAAAAACAAUAAUUUCCGUUAGGAACCAAAUUAAACAUGAAAUCCAUGAAUGCUAACAAUAUAUAAACUGUACUGUAUUUCAAAGAGGGUAGUAAAUCUGCAUAUUUUUAAAUGAACUGAAUGUGAAUUAAUUACAAUGUUUAAUAUGAUUACUUUGCAAUAUUAAUUGUAUUCAGAAAGUGUAGUGAAUUUUUUCAUUUUAUUAUGAAAUACAGAAAUCACUUCAAACUCUUAACUAAUGAGAGAAUUUAUCACGUACUUAUGAUUAUAUUUUAUUUAAUUGGCUUGUGCCAAAAGUAAACAAAAAUGCACUAGUAGCCUAUUUAUCUAUAUGUUCACGUACACUACUAGAUUACAGCGAACUGUUAAUGUAAAUCUAGUAGUUAAUUUUAAGUCUGUGUGCAUAAACAACUUCCAACAACCACUUCAAAUUAAAAGUUAAAGCUUGCUUUAUCGUCGGCAAAGUUAUACAGUAUAUGUUUACAGUUUAUAACGUUAGCGAUUAGCAUUACCAUUAUUACCUAGCAUAUAUUAAUUAAUUCUUGACCAAAACACAGCAGGUAAGAACGCAACAAUCACUCCCAAAACUAAUUGUAAUAAUAAAUAAUUACAAAUAUGGCUUGUCCUUUUGAGGUUGGAGAGCGCAAGGAUGUUUUUUUUUUUUUCUGAGGUGCUCGUGCAUCGCAGUUGUGCUGCCAUGGUACGCCAUUUCGGUUUUGCAAAGGGAACAAAGGAUCAUUUUAUUUGGCCUCUGUUUAAGGUAUUCCCAUACUUUUGAUAAUCGUGGUCUAGCUUUUUGUGAUAGACUGGAACUUUCUCCAUUCCCUGGAGCAGAAGCCACCAUUACGCGAGAAGAAUGCAAACAGUGUGACGCGUUGACGCAUUUCACGCAUGUCGAUGUAUUUUCGUAGCAGCACUAGUGUGUGUGUAUGUGUGUUUUGGGGUCUGUGUGUGUGUGCGUGUGUGUGUGUGUGUACGUGCGUGUUUGUGUGUGGGCAUGUAUGCAUGGCGUGUAUGUGUGUAUAUUGUAGCAGGACAUGCGAGGAGCUGACAGGUCACACUCUUCUCUAGGCCUUGGCCCAGUUAAAGAACAUGGCAUUUUGUUCCAGUGUAAACCCGAGAACUGGACGGACCAAAAGAAACCUGCUCCCACUAUGACCUACUGGGUUAUCGAAGUUUCUAUAUUUCCUAACUGCUGCACUAAAACGUGUAAUUUAGCAUGGAAAAUUUUUGUAUAUUCCAACCUUCCAACGAUUGGUAUUUGACUAAAAUUGACCUACAGCAUCACUAAGUCUGCCUGAUGAAAGUGAUACGGUUGAACUUAGAACACUACGUACAGUUUUGAUUUGCCGCUUCCAUACCCCACCAGCAUGACUGGAAUGGUGAGCAUUCAAAAUAAAGUCACAUUGCUUGUCAGCAAGAAAAACACUAAGUCUUUCAGGGUCAAGCUCCUGUAAUGCAGAAUUCAGUUCAUGUUUAGCAUCUAUGAAAUUGGUACGCUGGUCACAUUGAAUUUGUCUCACUGUGCCUCGAAUAGCAAUAAAGCAUCGUAGGGCAUUGAUGAAUGCAUCUGUAGACAUGUCUUCUAACAUCUCAAUGUGAAUAGCUCUUGAACAAAAACAGGUCAGAAGCAGACCAAACCUUUUGUGUUGCUUUCUGCCCUCCUUAGUAAUGAAAGGACCAAAGCAAUCCAUACCACAGUACGUAAAAGGUGAGGAAGGUUCCACACGUUCUGUAGGAGAUCACUCAUCCUUUGACCUUCAGCAGAUUUUCUUAGCCUUCUACAAGUUACACAGUUGUGGAUGAAUAAAGUGACAGCUCUGUUUAUUCCAGGUAUCCAAUAGCCACAAGACCUGAUGUCAUUGAUUGUGAAUCCCUUUCCUUGGUGCUUCGCUCUUUCAUGAAUGUUUGCAAUUAUUAAUUUGCUUAUGUGAUGUUCUCUGGGAAUAAUUAAAGGAUGUUUGAAUGAGUGUAAUUUAUUAUGGCCUGGAAGUUUUCUUCCUAGGUUCAAAAUAUCUAUCUCCUUCUGAUGGACUUGCUUUUGCACUCCCUUUAGGAUCAAAUGUUUUGUCUCCUCUUGUUCACUCACAGUUGCAGGUGAAUUUGUUUUAUCCUUCCUACUUAGUCUCAAAAGGCGUGCAAUGGCUUUGACAGCUGUCUUCAGUUGAUGUUUGUUCGUGGGACUUUCUGCCUUUAGUUUUGCCUUCAGCAAAUGCACUUUCAAUCAAGUUGAGAUCAGGUGAUUGACUCGGCCAUUGCGGAAUAUUCCAUUCCUUUCCCUUAAAAAACUCCUGGGUUGCUUUUGCAGUGUGGUUUGAAUCAUUGUCCAUCGGUACUGUGAAAUACCGUCCAAUCAACUUUACGGCAUUUGGCUUUAUCUGGGCAGACAGUAUAUUCUAUACACUUCAGAAUUCAUCCAGCUGCUUCUGUCUUCUGUCACAUCAUCAAUAAACACCAGUGACCCAGUGCCACUGGAAGCCAUGCAUGCCCAUGCCAUUACACUGCCUCCACUAUGUCUUACAGAUGAUGAUGUAAGUGUAACCCACACAAGGUUACCGGAGUGCAACUCUCUACUCUGCCUGCGGGUGGCGCAUAAACCCCCGGGAAUUCACUUAAGAAACAAACACGCUUUUCCUCUGGUAGACUGCUAGAAAUCAAACAAGGACUGGUUAAAAGCUGUGUGAGGGAGAGUUAAGCCGCAUGGCAGCAAACUUCUCAAGAUACCUCCGAUUGGUUUUUAGAACGGGAUAGACCAACCGCAGAAGUGAAUGGAUCAAGAGUGGCAUCUUUGGAACCAGCAUCAUCCCGUGCCUUCAUUUGUGAUACAGAUAAGAACACACGUAAACCUACCCAGGUAGUGAAGAGAACAUACUCUAGGAAACACACACACCCACACACCAAGAACUUCCAUGGACUGAGCUCCUCACCCUAUCUUUAAGGGAGCGCCCAGCCACCCUGCGGAGGAAACUCAUUUCGGCCGCCUGUAUCCAGGAUGUUGUCCUUUUGGUCAUGACCCAAAGCUCAUGACCAUAGGUGAGGGUAGGAACGUAGAUCGACUG